UGGAAAUUAAAAAUUAAAAUUUUAAUUUUCCAGUAAUUUUUUUUAAUAAUAUUCUUUUUGUAAAGUGAUAAAUGGAAAUUUUAUUUUUAAAUUUGCCGCCUUUGUCGGUCGGUAAAGAAGACAAUUUCCUCCCCUAUUUCACGUUGUUAAAACUUUUCCCGGAGUUAAUUUCAAUUAUUUCAAUUAUAUUUCCGGUACUUUCCCAAAAUCCAAGUCCAAAAUAAAAAAUCAAAAUCCAAUUUCCAAAUCCUCGUAGAAUCCAAAACGCAAAAAAUGAAAGAAAGUAUAUAAAGCUACGUCCACAAUGGGCAAUUUUCUCUCUCGAGACUUUUUCGCGCGCGAAAUUAAAAAACGAUUUAAAGAGUGAAAACCGGAAGUAUUUGUUUACAGGAGAUUCUCGAGAGGAAAUAAAGAAAUAAACAAACAUUCGUUCUUUAGCAUUUAUCGAGUAAAUAAACAUUAUUUUUAAUUACAAGUUUCAGUUAAAUUAAUAAUUUUCAAAGUAUCAGUUUUGACAGUUAUUUGUUAAAUGCAAAUUGACAAAUGAAAUUCGAACCGAAACAUCGAAAAACCGAGUUAAUAACUUAAUAAUAAAAAAUAGACUAACCUACGAAUUCUUUUUGGUGCAUAUUUUCGUUUUCAAGGGUUUUUUAACGUUUUUAAUUUUUAAUUCGCGUCGUGCUUCUUUCUUUACAAUUUUAAAAUUUCGAUUUCGUGAUUCUCGUUAAAAUUCGUUAUUAAUUUUUUCGUAUUUCACUCUCGGUGUUUAAAAAAUACAAUGAAAAAAGUUUACUAAAAUUCUCCAACUGUCAUUUCUGUUUUUUUAUUAGUGACUCGUGAGAAAUGGAUACAAAAACACGGAUUAAUGAACUCGGCGAACAAUUGGAAAUGUCAGAGUCGGAGUGUAAAAAAAUAAAGACACAAUUGGGUUUAAUGAAAUUGCUUUAUAAUCAAGGAAUUCCCUCGGAAUUAAUUGAGACGCAGUCGGAUUAUUGUUUUGAUAAUGAGGAAUUAAUUUUUCCAAUUACUCGUGAGGAUUAUUUGGAAAAUGGGAAAAAUUCACCGUCAAAGGAUUAUCGGGAAUUUUUGAAUCAACAAAAUUUACAUUUUCGACAAUUUGAAAACGAAAUUAAUCGAUGGAAUUUAAAGAUCGAUGAAACUAUUGCCGAAAGCGAGCGAACGAAUUCGAGAAAAAGUCUCAGAACUUCAUUAUCUCAAGAACUAGAAACAAAAAAUGUAAAAAUCGCCAAGGAGGAGAAAAUAAAUUCUGACGGUGAAUUAAAUUCUUUGCGAAAAAUAUCCGGCGAUUGGAAUUACGAUAGAAAAACAUGUUCACUUUCAACAAGAACCGUUGGAACUGAUAUAAAAGAGAUUUUAAAAAACAAUGAAGAGUCAACGGAAAAAUUUGAAAUUACCGAGAAAAUUGUGAAUCAAACAGUAGAAAAUGAAACCAGUGACGAAAGAAAAAUGAAAAUUGAAAUUAAAAUAAAAGACGAAAGUAAAAUUGUAAACGGAAUAAAGGAGGAAAAUAAAACAAAUUUUCUCGGAGAAGAAAUUCAAGUAAUAAACAAAAAUAAGGAAAAUAUUCUCAAGGAAAAUUCUCCAAUCGCAAGAAUAAAAAAUCCAAAAAUAAAUACCGAGGAAAAUGAAAAAGUAAACGAAGGGAAUAAAAUACCAACGGACGAAACUUCGAUAAAUUCUGAAUUAUUCGAUGAAACAAAUUUCAAUGAAAAUAAUUUACUAAGGAAUGAAUUGUAUCUAAAUUUCUGCCAGAGCAUCGACGGUAGUGAAAAUAGAGAUAAUGGAAAAUUGUAUAAAAGAAACAGCAAAAAAACAAACAGUAAUAAUAACAAUAUUAGAAAAUUUGAGAGAAAAGCGCAAAAGAAUAGAAAUUGUCAAAAGUCGAUAAUGAUAAAUAACAGGAAAUUAAGUGAGAAAAUUAACGAAAGUGCAGUGACAAUUGCCAUUGGUAAUAAGAAGAAAAAAGAAAAAUUGCGAAGUUUCAAUUCGAAGAGUACAAUUGCGACAAAAUUCGAGUCGAAUAAUUUGGUUAGUGGCGUGAAGAAGGAGCGAAAACGACGAAAAGAGAAAUUUUCAAAAAAUGUUCGCAGUUCGAGUGUAAAAAAUUCGAAGGGAAAAAUCGAGGAGAAUUUCAAUGAUCUAGUGGAAAUUUAUCACAAUAUGGCAUUGAAAACCGGAAGUAUGUCCGUCGUGUCAAGCAAACAUUCACGAAUGAAUCCCCAUUUUAAUGAGGAAUCAAUUCACGAAAUUUCGCCCAGAAAUAUGAAAAAAUUUUCAAUUACGGAUCAAAAAGUGAAAAUUCCCUCCAAGGAAAAAUUAUUGCCAAUCGUCGACGUAGUGACUAAAGAAAAAUUAACAUGCGACGAUGGAUCGAGGACUGAAAAUGUUUUGGGCGAAAAUGAAGUGAAAUAUUUACACUCAUAUCCAGGGAAUAAAUUUAAUGAUCCAAUUUUAAUGAGAAAUUAUGAGCAACCAACAGUUGCGUCGAAAUUAAAGAGAGUUCCAAGAUCUUAUUACAAUAGAUUCAAUUUUCGGAAUAUUCCAUUUACAGUUGGCACUUCAAUUACACCGAGCCAUAAUUUAGGACUCAAUAUUCAACAAGUCUUGAGUAUAAUGAAGAGCAAACAAGCGAGGCCGCAAGGAGUCUCGUCGAUGUUGAUUCGCAAAAUGAGUCUGGGAAAUAGGCCCAAUUCGUCAAACGAAGUUAGCGGACAAUUGGGUUUGAAUUUCGUUAAUUUGCCAUUGAAGAAAAAUUCGACGUUAAAUUGCAAAACAUCGAAAAUCUCUUCGUCAAAUAAAAUGCCGAAUUCGCUGCAUCAGAAUUUUAACAGAAACAUUUGUGAAACACUUUUUGAAGAUAAAGAGAUGGAAUUGAAUGUUGAAGAGAAUAAUCGAAUCAAAUCAGAAGCGAAUAACGAAAAAGGAAAUCGAGAAGUCUUAAUAAAACUUCACGAUCAAUUCGAAGAAAUGAAUUCAAAAUACGAAAAAUUGCAAGAAAAGUCGGAAAAAUGUAAGGACAAGACAUUGGCGAAAGAAAUAGAAAAAUUGGAAGUCGAUCUCGUCGAAAAGGAAGAGGAAAUUAAUGCCGUUAUUGGUCUCUAUAAAGAAGUAAUGUCUCUAAAGAAGCAAAUGAAAAGAAUGUCGGAGAAAAACAGUUUCGUUUGCAUGUCGUCGGAUUUGUCUAAUCAAAAUCCAAUAAUAAAUUACGCUCACAAUCCAAUGAUUCGCGCCUACUUGUCACCGAAAUUGCAAGGGAAAAAAAAUCGUCUCAAUAAUUUUGUCAAUUAUCAACGUGAACCGUCGACGGGAACACGACUCACUGGCCUUUUGCGUCAAAUUCAAAUGUUUCAAUGGCAACUCAAACAAGCUUCUUUAUAAUAAAAGAUAAUAAUCGAAAAACUUUUCCAAAUUGUCCUUUUUUGAAAAAUAAAGAAAUAACAUAAAAAAUAAAAAUUGUAUCGAAAAACGAAUAUUUUAUUCAAAAGUUCGUGGGUUUUGAUUCAUUAAGAUUUUUAGUUCGUCUUUCGUCCUCGAGGGGACGCGAUAAAAUGUUUACAUUCACAGUUACCCGAGCGAGCAGUAAUUACGAGGAAAGUAAUUAAAUUUCACUCACCUUUUUCAUUCGUUUUUAAAGACGAUUUUAUCGGUAAACGAAAAACUGGUUUAAUUACUCGAAACGUCUUGAAUUGUUGAUUAUUGUUGCCUUUAAUGUAAAGGUGCGCAAAAACAGGUUGGUUUUCAUAAUCAUUCAUAAUUGACAUAUUGACAACAUUCGUAAAUUUAUAUUUAUCGAUAUAUACCAUUAAAAAAAUAAAUAAGACCACUUUACUGCAAAAAUAAGUUACUUAAAAUUUCGUCAUUUGGAAAUUAAACGAAAUUAAAUGGUUCUUUUCACAAAUAUGACAGAAAUGUAUUUUUAAAAAAUACAGAAAAAAUUUCAAAGAAUGUUGUGAAUUUACAAUGUCGGAGA